GCCCAGUCAAGGACAUACACACUUAACCAGUGACAACAGGGAUGGGCCAGUGACCGCAAUUAAAGAGCCCUACUGUGCUUCCCUCCGUGUUUGGAAACACUGGGAUGUCAGAUGAAGAAAAGUACAUUCGACAGGACUGUCCAAUAGUCCAUGGCAUCCCAAUGGUAUGUGCAUUUUCCUUCAACUGGGAAAGGAUCGACAAUUUCCAGAGCAGGCCAGAAGACAUUGUGAUAGCCACAUACCCCAGGUCUGGCACCACAUGGAUGAGUGAAAUUGUGGACAUGAUCCUGAAUGAUGGUGAUCAUGAAAAAUGCAGGCAGGCUGUAAUCACCAACAGAGUGCCCAUGCUGGAAUUUGCUCACCCUGGAAAGAGGCCAGCAGGCACAGAGCAACUGGCCAAGAUGCCGUCUCCUCGCAAAGUGAAGACCCACUUGCCAGUCCACCUCCUACCCAAGUCCUUCUGGGAGAAUGGCUGCAAGGUGAUCUAUGUUGCCCGGAAUGCCAAGGAUGUAGCUGUCUCCUUUUACCACUUCGACCUGAUGAACAAACUGGAGCCAAACCCGGGGACUUGGGAGGAAUACUUCGAGAAAUACAUGGCGGGCAGAGUUGCUUAUGGUUCCUGGUAUGACCAUGUGAAAGGCUGGUGGAAGAAGAGGCAGGACCACCCCAUUCUCUACGUGUUCUAUGAGGACAUGAAAGAGGACCCAAAGCGUGAAAUUCGGAAGGUGAUGCAGUUCCUGGGGAAAAACCUGACAGAGGAGGUUCUGGACAGGAUUGUCUAUCACACAUCAUUUGACAUAAUGAAGGAGAAUCCCACCACCAAUUAUAGGAAGAUCCCACAUUCCCUGAUGGACCACAGCAUCUCCGCUUUCAUGCGCAAGGGGAUUGCUGGUGACUGGAAGAAUCACUUUACUGUGGCCCAGAAUGAGAGAUUCAAUGCAGACUAUGAGGGCAAGAUGGCUGGGACCACCCUGCGGUUCCGAACAGAGGUCUGAUGUACCUGGAGUCUCCGUGUCAGGAUGCGAAUCCAAGCCAGAUUUCUGUGGGGCUUCCAGUGACAGCAACUUUUAUUUUUCUACCUCAUUCCUUGCAAAACCAGAGGUCAGCCCCCAGGAAAUGUCUCUGUCCCAGUGGCAGGCAGCAAUAUGUUGUUACUGGGAAGAGUCUGGGGUUCCUUUUAGAAAGUCCUGAGUAGCAGAAAGUCUCACUGCCUAGUUAGCUACCAUACAAAUACACCCUAUUUUACCUCACUCCUUGUUGAACGCUGAACUGUAUCCUGACCAGUCUCACUGUGGGCAUGGACCUAGGUUUGGGUGUGGUGAUGAAGUAGCCAUCACUGGGGCACAUGUGGCUGACCUCCUCACCCCUACUGUUUAUUCUACCAAUCACCCACUUGGUCCUUCUUUACAGUUGCUGCUACAGAGUGGGUGCAUCUAUACACAUAAUUGAUGUGAUUCAGGCUGACUGCACAGUCCUGGGAAGGCACCUACAUGCUCACCCUGUUGGGAGCAGAUUUGCUCUUUAUGGCUAGGGACAGAA